CUUUGUUCUUUCCACAGGGUCGCGGUGCGUCUCUCCCCUUUCCUCGCUAUGCUCAGCAGGCAGCCUUGGCUGCCCUUGUAUCUCCGUCGUCUUGUCAGGAAAGUGGCUCUCAGGCCCACUAGGCAGCGCAAGAAUGCUGCGAAGACAACUAAUCACUGCUAACCAAAUGCCCACGAACAAUACAAAUUUUGCCCUCUUUGCAUAGUUGGCUGAGGAGUCGAGUGGUGCACCUUCACUUUCAGCAAUGGCCAGAAGUGGUGAAGAAAGUCAGCUGCAGAGGAUUAUUCGGGAUUUGCAGGAUGCUGUUGCAGAACUGAACAAAGAAUUUACAGAAGUAGGAGAACCAAUUACAGAUGAUUGUAUCAGUUUGCACAAAUUUUCCUACAAGCUAGAAUACCUUUUACAAUUUGACCAGAAAGAAAAGUCCAGCUUACUGGGAAAUCGGAAAGACUACUGGGAUUAUUUCUGCGACUGUCUGGCAAAGGUUAAAGGAGCCAAUGAUGGAAUACGCUUUGUGAAAUCUAUUUCAGAACUGAGAACAUCCCUUGGUAAGGGCAGGGCAUUUAUCCGUUACUCCUUAGUGCACCAAAGGCUUGCAGACACUUUGCAGCAGUGUUUUAUGAAUACCAAAGUAACAAGUGACUGGUACUAUGCAAGAAGUCCCUUCCUGAAUUCAAAAAUGAGUUCUGAUAUUGUCGGUCACCUUUACGAACUCACAGAGGUUCAGUUUGAUCUGGUGUCUAGAGGCUAUGACUUAGACUCGGCAUGGCCCACAUUUGCCAGGAGAACAUUGCCUUCCUUUGGCUCCUCAGCUUACCAGUGGAGGCCUCCAAGCCGCACUUCAAGCAUGAGUAGUUUGGUGAGCAGCUAUUUACAGACCCAAGAGAUCCCCUCCAGCCCCAAUGGGAAUAGCUUUUUAACUGCUGAGCCCCUUGAGGGCCUUGAUGAGCUACACGUGGAGCUGGACCAGGCAGAACUGCGGCAGAAAGAACUGCAGGAUCGGAUCCAGCAUCUAGAAAAGGAAAACCAGGAGCUCCAGGCGGCCAUCAGCUUUGAGAAGCAGCAAGUGCAAACAGAAAGAGAAAAGAGCAGGAAUAUUAGCGAGGAGAACUCCAGGCUAACGAAAAUGCUGGGGGAGGUAGAGAAACAGCAUGAGAUCUCCCACUGCACUCAGGACACCGUUCAGGACCUGCAGAAGUGCCUGCAGACGUUAGAACUGAAUGCUGUCAAGAAGCAAGAAGAAUACAGUGCAAGGCUGGAGGAACUGGAGUCCGGGAAAAAGGAUUCUGACUCAAAGCUUCUUCUCUUGAACCAAGAGCUGGAAGCUGCAAGGGCUUUGGUGUCCACGAAGGAUGUCCAUAUCGGUGAGCUUCUGGCCAAAUUGCAGUCGGGAGAGCAGAAGAAUGAAGAGCUUAUAGCCAAAGCCACUGCUCUAACGAAUGAAAAGGCACAACAAGCCAACAGUCAGUUUGAGUCUGCACUGAAGAUUGAGGAUUUGCUGAAGAAGCUUCAUGAAGUGGAAGAGGCAAAGGCCAAUGCUGAGAAGCUAAAUAAUAAACACCUUUCUCUGCUUAAGAUCAUGGAAGAGCAACUCCAGUUAAAGGAGGAGGCACAGAAAGAGUUUGAAUCGAAACUGAGGAGCCUCACUGUCAACUCCAAGGAAGAAUCUGAAAAACUUUGUGGUGAUCUGGAAACCAUGGCAACUGAAAUGGCGGACCUUCAGAAGGCAUUAACAGCAAAGGGCAAUGAGAUGGCUGAUCUUCAAAUCCAGUUGAAAGGUUCGUUGGAUUCCAUAAAAUCCCUGGAAAAAAGCCUUGAAGAGGAAAAGAAAGAGAAGACAAAACUUGAGGGUUUGGUCACGCUUACAAAAACAACAAUGGAAGAAGAAGUAAAAAACACGAUGGAGCAACUUGAGGUUAGGGAAAGCCAGCUUUCAAAACUAAGUCAAACAGUGAAGAGCUUAGAAGAGCAAAAGAGAGAACUUAUUUCUGAAAGAGAGCAUCUUAGGAAGACAAAAGAAAGAUUGGAGGAGCAGGCCACAGAGCAAAGCUCCUCGCUGAGAAUGAUCUCUGAAGGAAACGAGAAGCUCAAGUCUCAGAAUGCAAAGCUGCAGCAAACCAAUCAGAAGCUAGAAGCGAAGCGAAGAGAGUUGGAUGCUUCUCAAUCUUCUCUGGAGGCUGAGGUUGCCAGACUGAGAGCCUCUGAGAAACAGCUCCAAAGCCAGAUUGAAGAUUCUGUAGUGUCCGUGGAUGAAAAGGAGAAGAAACUCCGGGGACAGAACAAGCUACUGGAUGAAAACCUGCAGAAUGCCACGAGGCAAAACCAAGUUCUGGGAGAAAAGCUGGAUGCCUUGCAGGCUGAUUACCAAGAACUGAAAAAAAGUGAAAAAGCUGCCAAAGAGUCCUUAAGUGCGCUGCAAGUAGAGCUCCAGAGCACCAAAGAGCAUGGCCUGCAGGUGGAAAAGAGCCUGUCCUCCUCAAGGGAAUAUGAAGGAUCUCUGAAGUUGCAGCUCAGAGAGAAAGAGGAAGCAUUACAAGACUUGGAGAGCCAGUGCAAGGAGCUACAAGGACAGUCAGAGAGGUGCAGGAAAAAGAUGGAAGCCCUGGAGGCCGAAAAGGCAAACGCAGAAAAAACUUGCCUCCAUCAGACAAAACUGAUUGAAUCCCUUGUUUCUGAGAAGGCUUCUGUGGAGAACACCCAGUUGGAACAGGUGUCUUGUCAGGAGAGAGAAGCCAAAGAUCUGGCCUCAAGGCUGGCCCUUUCGGAGGAACAGUUGCGUCUCAACCAGGCAGAGGUGUUGAGACUUCAGGAGGACAUGGUGGACCUUCAAGCCAAACUUCGACAAGCAGCAGCAGAGCAGCAGAAGCUGCAAGAAGAGUUGGAUGUUGGAAGGGCUGUUCUGAGCGAGCAAAAGACCCUGGCCCAGGAACUGAAAGAGCAAGGUGAAGUCCUCAACAGAAAGCAUGUGGAGGAAAUGCUUCGGUGUCGCCAACGAGAGGAAGUGCUGCAAAAGAAGAGGGACCAGGAAGCCCUGGAGAAGGUGGAGCUGGAGAAGAACAUGCUGAACCUCACGGAGGAGUUGUCCAAGGCCAAGCAGUAUUUGGAAGCAGUUAAUGUAGAAAACGUGGAGGUCAAAGACCUCCUCCACAGGACUAACACGGACAUGGCUGAGCUUGGCAUUCAGAUCUGCAGUCUGACAUCUGAAAAGGCAGAAGCAGAAGAGAAGCUGUCCCGGCUCAUGGAGGAACUCAGAACUGCCAAGGAUGAAGCCACCAGAGAACGUGAGAAGCUGCAGCUUGAUCUCUCAAGACUAACUCAGGAGAAACAAGAAUUGGAAAGCAAACUGGAAGAGUCUAGGGUUUGCACAGCAGCUCUCCCUAGCCUGCAAACUCAGCUGGAGAUGGCAGAGAAGCAUCACCAGAAGCUGCAAGAGACCAGCAAAGAGGAGUUGUCUGCAGUCAAAUUUCAACUGAGCACAGAAAUCAUAAACCACCAAACAAAACUUAAGGCUCUCAAUGAAGAAUGUGAAAAAUUAAAGCAGGAAGUCAAAGAGCAGAGCCAGCAAGCACAUGUUGCAAAGGAAGCACUCAAAGAACUGCAGGCUGUGAAAAGCAAUCUGUGCACAGAACUGGACCUGACCAUGGAUCUGGUGACAGAGUACAAAGCAGCCCGGCAAAAAAAAGAUGAGGAGGUGACACAGCUUAAAGAAGACCUAAAAAGGGCUCAAAUGGAAGUCGACAAAGCAAAUGAACAAAUUCAAGACUACUGCGAGAAACUCAGCAAGACCAGAGCAGACCAAGAAAGCAACGAAAGGAAAUUACUGGCUGAACUCGAUGACCUGACAAGAACAAAGCAGUUCCUUGAAGAACGGUUAAUUGAGCUUCUCAGAGACAAGGAUGCCCUUUGGCAGAAGUCGGAUGCUUUGGAAUUCCAGCAGAAACUCACUGCAGCACAAAGAUGGCUUGGUGAUGCGGAAGUAAGCUGUUGCCUAGACUGUAAGAAAGAAUUUGGCUGGAUGAAUCGCCGCCACCAUUGCAGAAUGUGUGGGUGCAUUUUCUGCUACUACUGCUGCAACAACUAUGCCAUGUCAACGCAUACUGGCAAGAAGGAACGCUGUUGCCGAGAUUGCUUUAAAAAGGCAAGUGCCAUCUCAAUUGAUUCUGGAUCAAAUGCAAGCCAAGAAGAACCAGCAUCAAGCCUGCUAGCCUCACCAUUGUCCCUGGUCCAUAGAGUUAUGGUUACAAAUGAAGCCUCUAAACCCACAGAUGAUGCAGUGUUUGAUAUAAUCACAGAUGAGGAAGUGGGCCAGAUAAAGGAAGACAACUCGGUUCACAAUGAAAGCCAAACUGAAGAAGAAUCUUUGGACCAUGGUAUAACUGAUCUAAACAGCACCUAUAAUUCCUCAACUUUCGAUGAGACUGACGACUUGCAAAUGGCCCAGGAUGCAGAGAUAUGCUUGCUGAAGUCAGGAGAACUGAUGCUAAGGCUGCCUCUAACCGUGGAGGAAAUUCUAAAGUUUGGAGAAGCUAACAGAGAGCUGUUCAUUAAGUCAAAUACUUACAGCGUCAUUCCCAUCACUGUGGAGGAAAGUGGCCUUACAAUAAGUUGGGUAUUUUCAUCAGACCCCAAAAGCAUAUCGUUCAGCGUGGUGUACCAAGAAUCAGAAGAUGCUCCUCUGGAUCAGUGUAAAGUUCUUAUUCCUAUGAUCCGGUGCAACUCCCAUAAGGAAACCAUCAGAGGGCAGGUGAAAGUCAGAAAUACUGGUAUCUACAUCCUCAUAUUUGACAACACUUUUUCUAGGUUCAUCUCAAAAAACGUCUUUUACCACUUAUCUGUUCAGCGCCCAGUGAUCUACGAUGGAAGUGAUUUUCCAGAUCCUUGAAUGUAAUAUUUAUAUACUGUAUGUUUUCAAUUUAUAUUUUUAAGAGACACUAUUAUUUAUAUAAACAUGAGCACUAAAAUCAAAGAUGUGUUGGGAGCCCUCAAGAGUCAUGCAAUAAUUCUGAAACCACGAUUACAUGUAAGUGUAGAUAUAAAGGAACGUAACUUUCAUAGGAACACUAAUGAUUCUGGACGGCAGGUGCUUGUUCAAAAGCCAUUUUUUAAAUUUAAACAACCUAAGCUAUGCAAUGCUACGUUUGGUGCAAAAUUCUUCAUAAUCCAGAUGAUACAUGUUGUAAAAAGGGCUAAGAAACAGGACAUCUGCUUUUGAUUUAUUCAGGGCCAACCAAGAUGUGAUGUUUCUUAUAUAGUUUGGUUCUCUAUUGUGUUUUCUUUACUUUAACCAAUAGGUAGUGGUGAGAGCAGGGGAGACAGAUCAGGACCAUGGAAUGGGGGAGGGUAAGGUUUAACCCUUUGUUUUCACUGUGGUCCCAAUAAGAAUCUCCACACACACAUAUGUGCUAGCUAUUUUCAUAAUGAGAAGAAAACCUACGCUGGAAGCGUAUAUAUAAAUAUUUUUGUAUGUUGCUGCUUCUGCAUCUCAUUUUUUUAAAAAAAAAUGCUGCAAAAGGAAUGAAAUUCAAAUUCAAUUCUGCAAAAUCAUAGUAUAUUUUAACAUGGACAGAUUUUCUCCAGUCAACUCUCCUAUGCAGGAAAAAAGUGAUUAGACAGAUUUUGCUGCUGUUUGAUCACAUACCACACAUGGCAGGAAAAUGACUCUAGAUGACGUGCCUGUUUAACUUGUUUGCAGUCUUCAUAAAAGUCUGCUUACAUUAAUAUGUGCCUUUAUGAGGAAAUUCACCUGCUUGACCUUGGUACUUUGUGGUAAAGGUCAUUUUGUAACUUCAUUGGUACUUGAAGCCUAAAUGUGUCGUGUGGAAAUGACUUGUAGAAGCCAGGUUUGGAAUUAGUAAAAGGAAACUCUUACUUUUAAACCACAAUACAUUCACAAGGAGUUUCUUUUCUUAAAUUCAUUUUACUAUUUCACAAUUUAGUAAAAAUCUAUCCAGUAAUAGUGCAUCAUAUGGCCAUGAGAAUCAUAUCUUCAGAAUAUUUCUGACACAAAUUUUAGUUCCUAUUUUUUAAGUGAAGGAUAAAUACAAGACUCAACAUGACUACCUCCCAAACUGACAAACCUUUGUGUAACAACAAACACUACCGUAGCCUAAUUCUAAGGCUAUGAAUGCUUAAAAUCAACAAACUCAAAAGUUACACCAGCAUUUUGUUUUGCCACUGCUAGCCAAUACACUGAUGAAAAUUAUUAGGACUGGCGUAUAUGACACGAAUAGACAAAGGAAUAUGAACCAUAGGGAUACAAGAUGUGUAGUAAUAAUUUCACCUAACUCCAAGAGUAGAAGGAAGUGUGGGGUGAAUGAUUUAAAAUAUGUCACUACAAAUAAAAUUGGUCAGACACGGAAAUCACUGAAAUAACAGCCAGUUAAUUAUUUCAACUAUUCUUGCAUCAGGAGCAGUUCAAAUAGGAACUGCUGAUACAAAAGACAAAAAAUACCUGAGUUUGAAUCCUAGAUAAAUCUACUGAAAAAGUAAGUUCUAUUGCUUUAAUGGUGCUUAUUCCCAGGUGAGUAUAGGAUUGCAGUUUACAAAUAUUCUGUGUCUGAAAAUAAGUGAGAAUAACUUGAGACUUUUAAAAUUGCUUUAUUUCAUAGAUAUUUUCAGGGAAACACAAAAUGCUUUCAUUCUAUUUUUGUAAGAAGCAAGCUACUCCCCACCCCAUUUCCCCCCAAAGUAACUUUUUCUGGCAAGAAUUAUAAUAGGAAUGAAGGCAUUCCUGCCAUAGAUAAUCAGUAUUGAGGAAUUUAUUAUUGCCCACAGUAGACUUUGAGAAAUUUGGACACUUCCUUCUGAACACCAUUAAACUGCAGUGCCGAGGUCAAUGUUUCUAUUACAAUACGGGAACUAUGGAUAUGUAAUGAAAUUUGUGAAAAAACUAAGUAGAGGAGGUACUUUAUUAAGCAAUUAUUUGUAUGAGCUAGAUAAGACCUUCUACAUUACAACAGCCAGGAUAUUUUGGACUGGGCCCUACUUGAGAUUACCUAACACUGUUUUAAGCCUAAUAUAUCUUCCCCAUGCUGAUACUUUAAGAAAGUGUGCAAUAUGUGCUGUAGGAAAGACUUAAGCUGUUUUACUCUCUAGAUUUAUUCAAUUAAAAGAAUUGAAUUCAAUUCAAAUCAAUUUUUUAAAAAGUUUUUGCAUAUGUCAAUGUUUUGUCAUCCUUUCUAGUACUUAAAGGGGACGGGGUGGGUUAAACCACUGAACCUAGGGCUUGCUGAUCAGGUCAGUGGUUCGAAUCCCCGCGACAGGGUGAGCUCCUGUUGCUCUGUCCCAGCUCCUGCCAACCUAGCAGUUCGAAAGCAUGUCAGAGUGCAAGUAGAUAGAUAGGUACCGCUCUGGCGGGAAGGUAAACGGUGUUUCCGUGCACUGCUCUGGUUUGCCAGAAGCGGCUUAGUCAUGCUAGCCACAUGACCCAGAAACUGUACGCCAGCUCCCUCGGCCAGUAAAGCGAGAUGAGCGCCGGAACCCUAGAGUCAUCCGCGACUGGACUUAAUGGUCAGGGGUCCCUUUACCUAGUACUUAAAAACAAAGGAAUGAAUUCAGACGAAGUUACUUGCACUUGCUUCCAAUUGAAAUCAGUGGAACUUAAGUCAUUACUAACUUUUCACACUGUUUUCAAUUAGAUGUACGUGCAACUAAUUUAGAUCGAAUCCAACUCAAUGAUUCAUCGUGGGGAAAGGAGAAAGGAGCUAAAUUGUCCGGGGAUGAAAGUUACUAUAGCACAGAGCUAUAAUAGCUUGGCUCCAUCCAUAAUAUGUUUUAGCAGAGUAUCCAUCACAUUGCCAGCUAUUCUCCUGCUUCACAUCUUUACUAUCCCCUUAUGUACAGUACUUGUUCUGUCAGUUAGGGCUGUGUGAUGCAGGAAUAGCGGCUUAGUUAAAUUGUAUGGCAACAUUAUGCAAAUACUUGUGCAGAUUUGGGUGGUGGGCUAUAUUAGUGCCAUGGAGAAGCAGUGGGUGGUGUUCAACUCCCCUCCUCCUUGUAUAUUGCUGGUACAGUUUCAUACAGAUCUGUGCGAUGCCUGGCACGGUUGAGAUGAGAAGGAAAUGAAGAAGUAGAAGCAAUAUAGUAUAAAUUGUGCAUUUGCCAUUUCAUUAUUGAAUGGUAUUUUAUUUAAGGGCUAGGGGUGUAUUGUUUCGAAUUGAGAAGCAUUGCGAAUUUAAUGUUAAAAGUUGAAAUGCUGUUUGUCAUGGACUGUGCAAUAUAAAUGAACUGAAAUCCACUUAAUAUUUGAGCUCUGGUUUUCCAUUCUAUUUUGCUGUGGUUUGGGGAUAGAAUGCUUUUUUUAAAAAAAAAUUCUUUGUAUUUUAAAUUAAUAUGAAAGAGAUACUGUCAAAUGCUAUAUUUCAGAUUUAUGACUUUGAAUAUACAUAAUUGUUUGAAGAACAAGACAUCUGUUAUUUGUAUUUACUUUAUAGCUUUGGUUUCCAAUUACUAUAUUUUUCAACAGAUGGUUGAAUCUAGAGAACUUUGCCCCUACAGAGGACCUUUCUCCCUCUGAGAAACCUGAUUCCUUCAAAAGAGGAAACUUCUUUGGAUUCAACCCCAAGAAUAUUUGUUUUGUGGGGCUCACUGAAAGCUCAUCAGCAUAAGUGAGAACACAUACUUACGGUACUGCAUUUCAUUUCAGUUUGUUCCUCAUACCAAUACUAGUCUUUACACAUUUCUCAGACCCAUUGCAAGCUCAAUUAUGUCUCUCCCCCCCCCCCAAUUAACAUUGCACUUACACACAUGCACCCAUGCACCCAAUAGGAACCAAACCACAAACCCAACAUGAGAUGAUGUCAUGUCCAAGCUUCUGUGAGGUCAGAAAGAACUCUCAUCUCAAAGUACUGGAAGCCUCAUUAGAGGUGAAGCCUAACAUUGUCCCCAGGCCCCUGACAGUGGUAUUGCCUUUGGAUCAUGAGCAAAGAGGCCCAUCCAGAUGCUGCUGUCGCCUCCAGAGUUUUGGCAGAAGGGAAUGAAGUCGUUCACAGUUCUAUUUAAACUUUUCGAAAUAGAACUUUACAGUUCAGCUCACCAUCUCUAGGCUGAGCAUAGGCAAAAUACACAAAACAGAAAGUAAAUUAUGUAGCUGCACUACCAUACGUCAAGGUUAUCCCUCAAAAAACCACAGCCCCAAAAUUUCCCAAUAAAUCACUUUGUGAAGGUAAAGAUGCUGAAAUUCGAAGCUACACAAUAGUUCAGUUCAUCACCCUGGGCAAAUGUUGUGGCUGACGAAUAACUGGUCCAAUGUAAGAUAUAUCCAUCAUAAACCAAUCCAUUUUCCAUUCCUUAUUUAUUAGUGGCAAUGCUCAUUUACUGUAUUGCAGUACAGUGGUACCUCUGGUUAAGAACUUAAUUCAUUCUGGAGGUCCGUUCUUAACCUGAAACUGUUCUUAAGCUGAGGUACCACUUUAGCUAAUGGGGCCUCCUGCUGCUGCUGCGUCGCCGGAGCACAAUUUCUGUUCUCAUCCUGAAGCAAAGUUCUUAACCUGAGGUACUAUUUCUGGGUUAGCAGAGUCUGUAACCUGAAGUGUCUGUAGCCUGAAGCGUCUGUAACCCAAGGUAUCACUGUAUUGCUAAUAACAAACCACAUUUCAGCUAUUCACAAGCCUCUUAAGGUAUGGUCCUGGAAAUAAAGUUUUAAUACUAUGCACGCUUACCAAGGAGUAAGCCACACUCAACAGAAUGGAACGUCUGAGUAAACAUGCAGAGGACUGUACACCAAAUAUUGUAUCUCUUUAGAAAUGUAUUUGCUUGCAUAGUAAGAUCUACCACAGGAACAAGGUUUGCAGGCAGGUUUACCUGCACAAAGAACAAAACAGAAUUUAGCUGGGGUUUGGUUUGGUUUUCAAAAAAAUUGUCCAUUUGUGUUUCUGCACUUAUUAUUGAAGAUUGGUUUAUUAACCCGAAAGCCGCUAUGUACAAAAAAGAGAGAGGGAGAGAGGCUCCGUAAAUAAAGCAAAAUUGACCAGCGACAACAUUCAAUUUGUCUUUCCAAGUGUUUGGUUUUUUGUAACCCUGGCAUAAUUUAAUCAUGGAACCUAAAGGCAAGGGGCAAAAAGCUUUCCCCUCUCCCAAAUACAUACAGUGGCAGCUGAAUUUUACUCCAUACCUCCGGAUGAAGGGCCGUAUACAAAUUUAAUUAAUAAUAAUAACGGUAUUUACGUUACAGGUAGGUAGCCGUGUUGGUCUGAGUCAAAGCAAAAUUUAAAAAUUCCUUCAGUAGCACCUUAAAGACCAACUAAGUUUUUUAUUUUGGUAUGAGCUUUCGUGUGCAUGCACACUUCUUAUUUACGCAGAGAGAAAGAGAAUAAAUGACAUGCUUACACUAAAUAAAACCUGAAUUAGAUCAUGCAUCCCUCGUUUUUAUUUUUUUAAAGUGGGGCGUGGGGGGGGGAGGAAGCUACUGCCGCCCAGAGAUAAAAGUCACGUUAAAACACUGUAUUUCUCCCCCGCCCUAUGUGAGAAAUAAGCAAGAAGGC